GUAACGCCACCUCAGUAUUUUGAGAGAUCUGCCGGGAACAGCGUUGUAGGUUCACCAUUGACACCAAGACGAGUAAACGAGGUUCGUGCUGAAACUGGAGGACUAGGAAAAGGCCUUUCAUCCUCUCCGACUACCCUGUAUGACAGAUACAGCUCUCCUACAGCCAACCCAACACGGAGAAGACUGUUUGCUGAUAACGAUAAUACCUCUGACAGCGGGACUCCAGUAAGAGUUUCCCAGCAGCCUGUGGUAAACCCGGUGCCUGUGCAGAACAUGAGUCCCGAAGCCAUGUCGGUGACUCCGGUGCCCGGCCAGACACUGGUGACAGUGGCAACUGCCACCGUAACCGCCAAUAAUGGGCAAACAGUGACAAUACCAGUACAAGGUAUAGCCAAUGAAAAUGGAGGGAUAACCUUCUUCCCAGUCCAAGUCAAUGUAGGUACCCAGCCUCAGGCUGUGCCUGGUCCCAUCCAGCCUCUCAGUGCCCAGACUCUGGCUGGAGCCCUGAACACUCAGAUGACCGGGGCGACCCUGCAGCUGCCCGGGCAGUUAAUCGUGCCGCAGCUCUCGCCGGGAGAGCAGAGACAAGCCCAGCAAGUCAGCACUGCCGCAACCAGCAGGCCUCGGAAGAUGGGCUCGCUUUCACUCUUCUUUAGAAAGGUGUAUCACUUAGCCAGCGUUCGUCUGAGAGAUCUCUGUGUCAAACUUGACAUACCCGAUGAGCUGCGGAAAAAGGUCUGGACGUGUUUUGAGUAUUCCUUGGUGCACUGCCCUGAAAUCAUGAUGGAUCGACAUUUGGAUCAGCUGCUGAUGUGUGCCGUCUACGUCAUGGCUAAGGUUACUAAGGAAGAUCGAUCGUUUCAGAACAUAAUGCGCUGCUAUCGGACACAACCGCAAGCCAAGAGUCACGUUUAUCGGAGUGUCCUGAUAAAAGGCAGGAGACGACGGCGCCGCUCUGGCAGCAGCGAUAGCAGCAGCCAGCAGAACUCACCCACAGACAGGAGUAAAGAGAGAAACAAAGAAAUAACCAGCCGCGACUCCAGCCCCGUGAUGCGAUCCAGCAGCACCCUGCCCGUGCCGCACCCCAACAGCGCGCCCCCCACGCCCACCCGCCUGACGGGCGCCAACAGCGACACCGAGGAGGAGGAGCGAGGGGACCUUAUACAGUUCUAUAACAACGUCUACAUUGAGCAGAUUAAAGACUUUGCCCUGAAGUACACUUCAAAUGCAAUUGAUUCUCCUCCGCUCUCGCCCUACCCUUUUGUGAGGAUCAGCUCCCCUCGCAGAGUUCAGCUUUCCCAGAACCACCCGCUGUACAUCUCGCCACACAAAAAUGAGUCUGCUCUCUCUCCUCGAGAGAAAAUAUUCUAUUAUUUCAGCAGCAGCCCAUCUAAGAGGCUAAAGGAAAUUAACAGCAUGGUUAGAACUGGAGAAACUCCAACAAAGAAGAGAGGCAUUCUCUUAGAAGAUGGUACCGAAGCACCAGCCAAGCGAAUCUGCCAGGAGAACCACACGGCUCUGCUACGACGAUUGCAAGAUGUGGCCAACGACAGAGGCUCUCACUGA